AUGGGACAACAGGUAGGCCGCGUCGGUGAGGGGGCUUCGACAGGGCUCCAACCGCCAUCGCCACAACAACAGCAGCAACACCCGGGGAAGGGGAACAGGGGAAGCGCCGGGAGGAGACCACGGGAAGUCAGUAACGUUAGCACUGGAACGCCGCCAGGCAGGGUUGCUGCGGUUAACGUGCCGGACCCAGCAAUUAAUAUAUUCACCCAGCAUUCAGGUAGGAAUAGGCACAUGGUAUUAUAAAAUAGUUUAUUUUAUCAACUGAUUUGUCAAAUAGUAGUCAAACUGUGAUUUUUAAUUGGCUAGCUAACCAGCCAAUUUACUUCUAGUCAACUCUGUGCUCGUCAACGACGCGUUAGCAGAAAUAAAACAAAUUGCCAUCAGUGCCAGCUCCAGUUGUACGGUUAGCCAGCAUAUGUUUGCUAGUUUUCUUGGUUUCUAAUGUGUUCUCGUACAUUAUCAGACAAUGAACUUGAAGAGCACAACUGUGAGGUGACAAUGACAGCUUGAAAUGUCCCACAAGUAGCCUAAUGUUAACGGUUGUGUGUGUGUGUGUGUGUGUGUGUGUGUGUGUGUGUGUGUUUUUCAUGCAGCUGUCUGGCAUGGGCAGGUAACAGUGCAGUCAGUGCUACUAACGAGGAUUGGGGUUGUUAUUCUGAUCCCAAACAGAGUGAUGAAGAAAGAGCCGUUUCAGGACUACACAGCUGCAAGCAGCAAAGGGACUGUUCACUUCUCCGGCCACUGA